AUGGGUAACCCUGCCGUCGAAAGCCUCUCGGCCCAAUCCAAUCGCCCGCACUCCACAACCCUCCCUCCCUCCUCGAUCUCUCUCCCUCAGCCACCACAAACCCUAGGUCCUCCCCUUCUGCCCUGCUAUCCACCGCGCCGCCUCCUCCUCCCCUUCACCAUUCCCUCCAGCGGCAGGCACAGGGAGACGACGGCGGCGCUCGAUUUGAUCCGCCCCGCUCCCCUCCCUCUCCACUAUGCCUCGGCCUCGGCCGCCCCGUGCUCUGCCGGCGCCCGUCGGCCUCGAUCCGGCCUCGGCAGGAGGAGCUCGCCCUCGAGACAGGAGGAGGGGAGCAGCAGGAUACAGGAGCAUGGCCUUCUUCUCGCGCUGCAGCCGCCGGCCUUGUCCUGCUCGAGGAGGAGGAGGAGCAGGAGGGGCGCACCCAGCCACCAAGGUAGCCGUCGUCGAGGGCUUCUUACACCUGAACCUCGAUCUCCACGGUGCUGGCGUCCAGCAACUCGAGUUCAAGGGAAGGAGAGGAUGAUGACGCCCAGACAUGGAGAGGAACAACAGCAGCUCAAGAUGCUAAUGUGGCUGCCAUAUCUGUGCCAAGCAGUGCCUGCUUAUAAUGUGGUGAAGCUACAGGAAAGAGGGAGGAAGCCGGCGACAGGGUGAAGGAGCAGGCCGGCCCUCAUGGAGGCAGCGCUACCAGCCAGCUAGGGAGGCGGUCCGGCUCGCCUCUGCUAUGCCGUGAGCGGCGGCGCUACCUCUGCCUCCAGCCUCACCUCCUCUGCCAACCAUGGGAAAAUUUAGGGGAGACCCAAGGCGAGCUUCCCCUCUGUUGCAUGCACUCCUGAUCUCUAAAGAUUUCUGUAGCCUAAAUGCCUAUGUACCAUGUAAGCAAGCCUAACCUAAUGCACACCAUCAGCUUGAUGAAUUACCAAAUGGUUUGUUUUUGUUGCCAUAUAGACCGUUGACGGGUGUGCAAGAGCCCUUCUAAUUGGUGCUCUAUGUGUGUUUUCUUUUCUUUUG